CCGAGGGCGCGGGAGGUGACUGUUGGGGGCGCGGGGGAGCGAGGACUGAGGUGUCGGAGGCCGGUAAUGCCCCACUGCUCCCCGGGAAGCUGAGGAGACGGCCCCGCGGGAUCGCUUCAUGCCGCCGACUGGUUUGGAGCCCGCCAGGAUGAACAGGAAGAAAGGGGACAAGGGCUUUGAAAGCCCAAGACCAUAUAAAUUAACCCAUCAGGUCGUCUGCAUCAACAACAUAAACUUCCAACGAAAAUCUGUUGUGGGAUUCGUGGAACUGACGAUAUUUCCCACAGUUGCAAACUUGAAUAGAAUCAAGUUGAACAGCAAACAGUGUAGAAUAUACCGAGUAAGGAUCAAUGACUUAGAAGCUGCUUUUAUUUAUAAUGAUCCAACCUUGGAAGUUUGUCAUAAUGAAUCAAAACAGAGAAAUCUCAAUUACUUUUCUAAUGCUUAUGCAGCUGCCGUUAGUGCUGUGGAUCCUGAUGCAGGAAAUGGAGAACUUUGUAUCAAGGUUCCAUCAGAGUUAUGGAAACACGUUGAUGAAUUAAAGGUCCUAAAGAUACACAUCAAUUUUUCCUUGGACCAGCCAAAAGGAGGUCUUCAUUUUGUGGUACCCAGUGUGGAGGGAAGUAUGGCAGAGAGAGGUGCUCAUGUUUUCUCUUGUGGGUAUCAAAAUUCCACAAGAUUUUGGUUCCCAUGUGUUGAUUCAUACUCUGAGUUAUGUACAUGGAAAUUAGAAUUUACAGUAGAUGCUGCAAUGGUGGCUGUUUCCAAUGGAGAUUUGGUUGAGACAGUGUAUACCCAUGAUAUGAGGAAGAAGACCUUCCAUUACAUGCUUACCAUUCCAACAGCUGCAUCCAAUAUCUCCUUAGCCAUUGGACCUUUUGAAAUACUUGUUGAUCCUUAUAUGCAUGAAGUUACUCAUUUUUGUUUACCCCAACUUCUUCCAUUGCUUAAACAUACCACAUCAUACCUUCAUGAAGUUUUUGAAUUUUAUGAAGAAAUUCUUACAUGUCGUUACCCAUACUCCUGUUUUAAGACUGUAUUCAUUGAUGAAGCUUAUGUUGAAGUGGCUGCCUAUGCUUCCAUGAGCAUUUUUAGCACAAAUCUUUUACACAGUGCCAUGAUUAUAGAUGAGACACCUUUGACUAGAAGGUGUUUAGCUCAGUCCUUGGCUCAGCAGUUUUUUGGAUGUUUCAUAUCCAGAAUGUCUUGGUCUGAUGAAUGGGUACUGAAAGGAAUUUCAGGCUAUAUUUAUGGACUUUGGAUGAAAAAAACUUUUGGUGUUAAUGAAUACCGCCAUUGGAUUAAAGAGGAACUAGACAAAAUCGUGGCAUAUGAACUAAAAACUGGUGGAGUUUUACUACAUCCCAUAUUUGGUGGAGGAAAAGAGAAGGACAAUCCAGCAUCCCAUCUACAUUUUUCAAUAAAGCAUCCACAUACGCUUUCCUGGGAAUACUAUACUAUGUUUCAGUGUAAAGCUCACCUUGUGAUGAGAUUGAUUGAAAAUAGGAUCAGUAUGGAAUUUAUGCUACAGGUUUUCAAUAAACUGCUAAGUUUGGCCAGUACUGCUUCAUCUCAGAAGUUCCAGUCACAUAUGUGGAGUCAGAUGUUAGUUUCCACAUCUGGGUUUUUGAAAUCCAUUUCUAAUGUUUCUGGCAAAGACAUCCAGCCUUUAAUAAAGCAGUGGGUAGACCAGAGCGGAGUAGUAAAAUUUUAUGGAAGUUUUGCAUUUAAUAGAAAACGAAAUGUUUUGGAAUUGGAAAUAAAGCAAGAUUAUACAUCUCCUGGAACUCAGAAAUACGUGGGACCGCUUAAAGUGACAGUGCAGGAAUUAGAUGGAUCCUUCAAUCAUACCUUGCAAAUUGAAGAAAACAGCCUUAAGCAUGAUAUACCCUGCCAUUCCAAAAGCAGAAGGAAUAAAAAGAAGAAAAUUCCACUGAUGAAUGGAGAAGAAGUUGACAUGGAUCUUUCUGCCAUGGAUGCUGAUUCCCCUUUGCUGUGGAUAAGGAUAGACCCAGAUAUGUCGGUAUUGAGGAAAGUAGAAUUUGAGCAAGCCGAUUUUAUGUGGCAGUAUCAGCUCCGGUAUGAGAGGGAUGUUGUGGCACAGCAGGAAUCCAUUUUGGCCUUGGAAAAGUUCCCUACACCGGCAUCUCGGCUUGCACUCACUGACAUAUUAGAACAAGAGCAGUGUUUCUACCGAGUAAGAAUGUCAGCUUGCUUCUGCCUUGCGAAGAUUGCAAAUUCAAUGGUGAGCACAUGGACAGGACCACCAGCCAUGAAGUCACUCUUCACUAGAAUGUUUUGUUGUAAAACAUGUCCAAACAUUGUGAAAACAAACAACUUUAUGAGCUUUCAAAGUUAUUUUCUACAGAAGACUAUGCCAGUUGCAAUGGCUUUAUUGAGAGAUGUUCACAACCUUUGUCCCAAAGAAGUUUUAACUUUUAUAUUAGACUUAAUCAAGUACAAUGACAACAGAAAAAAUAAGUUUUCAGAUAACUAUUAUCGUGCUGAAAUGAUUGAUGCCCUUGCCAACUCUGUUACGCCUGCAGUCAGUGUGAAUAAUGAAGUUCGAACUUUGGAUAACUUAAAUCCAGAUGUGCGACUCAUUCUUGAAGAAAUUACCAGGUUUUUGAAUAUGGAAAAACUUCUUCCAAGUUACAGACAUACCAUCACUGUCAGUUGUUUGAGGGCCAUACGAGUACUUCAGAAGAAUGGACAUGUGCCAAGUGAUCCAGCUCUUUUUAAAUCUUAUGCUGAAUAUGGCCACUUUGUGGAUAUUAGGAUAGCAGCUUUGGAAGCAGUUGUUGAUUAUACUAAAGUGGAUAGGAGUUAUGAAGAACUACAGUGGCUGCUUAAUAUGAUUCAGAAUGACCCUGUGCCCUAUGUAAGACAUAAGAUUCUAAAUAUGUUGACUAAGAACCCACCAUUUACCAAGAAUAUGGAGUCUCCUCUGUGCAAUGAAGCCCUCGUAGAUCAACUUUGGAAACUUAUGAAUUCUGGUACUUCACAUGAUUGGAGGUUACGGUGUGGUGCUGUGGACUUGUACUUCACACUUUUUGGCCUCAGUAGACCUUCCUGCUUACCCUUGCCAGAACUUGGUUUAGUUCUUAACCUAAAGGAGAAAAAAGCUGUCUUGAACCCUACUAUAAUUCCAGAGGUCAUAGCAGGCAAUCAAGAAGCUGCGAUUAAUCCAAGCAGUCACGCACAGCUAGUUGGAUUUCAAAACCCUGAAGAUGAUCAUCUUGCCAAGGAAGCAUCAUGUAAUAUAUCAGCUCAUCAGCAGGGAGUGAAGAGGAAGGCUGAUACACCACUGGGGUCCCCACUAGAACCUGGUCAAAUACUGGAGAAGAAUGAGGAUAGCAGUAAAGUCAAACUCAAAAUCAGAUUUUCAAAUUCGCAAGAUGAGGAGGAGAUUGAUAUGGAUACUGUCCAUGAUAGCCAGGCGUUCAUUUCUCAUCAUUUGAAUAUGCUUGAAAGACCAUCAACUCCAGGGCUCUCUAAAUAUCGACCGACUAGUUCCCGAUCUGCUUUAAUACCCCAGCACACAGCAGGCUGUGACGGCACACCUACUACAAAACCUCAGUGGACUAUGGAACUUGCACGGAAGGGAACAGGUAAAGAACAGUCACCUUUGGAGAUGAGUAUGCAUCCAGCUGCAGCAGCUCCACUCUCAGCGUUUACUAAGGAAUCUACGUCCUCCAAACACAGUGACCACCACCACCACCAUCACCAUGAGCACAAGAAAAAGAAGAAGAAGCACAAACAUAAGCACAAGCACAAGCACAAGCAUGAUAGUAAAGACAAGGACAAGGAGCCUUUCACCUUCUCUAGCCCCGCCAGCGGCAGGUCUAUUCGCUCUCCUUCUCUUUCAGACUGAGAAGGGGCACAAGGAGACCUGUCACUCAGUGUCCACAAGAACAUACGUAACUAAAGCUUUGUUCUCUGUGAAGAGUGAUAAAAGGAAAAACGAAACAAUUACCUCUCACAGAAAUUCAGAAUCCUUCUAAACAUUUGAUUUACAUUAUUUAUACUGUUGAGAUCUAAUAAGAAAAAUGUGUUUUAAAGUUCUAAAUAAACCAUUUCAUCCCAUUUCCUCCUUGAAACACACCCACACAGUGCAGACUUCUUUCCAUAAAGGCCUCAUACCCAUUGGCAGUCCCCAUUCAUAUCAUGGUCUCCAUGUGUACUGCCAAAGUCAAUUAUGUUUUAAAACCUUUGAUGGAUGUUAUGCGGCAAAGUGAUGUUUUAAACAGAAGCUACUGCCAAAUCUGUGGUGAAACCACUAUUUCCAGUGAGAUAUUGUAUAACACCAUUUGGAACUACUGAAAAGGACAGAGGCUUUUCUAGAGGAAUCUUCUCUGUUGCACUGUUUUUGAUGUUAACCGUUAAACUUAGCAUCAGAAUUUAUGAACAAGAAUACAUGGUAUUUUCUUUUACCCUGAAAUACUAACAUUUUCAGAAACAACUCUAAAAAAUAUUUUUUGAUACCAAGUUCAGCAAUUAUGAUGUUGGAAUUUAAUAGAAAUGUCAAAUCUACAAUUCUCAAAUCAAGAUGUUUAAAUUGUAAGUUCUUUUUUAUUAAGUGUGACUAUGUUCAAACAUAGAAUAUGUUUUGCUAAAUCUGGACAAUUAACACCCAACACAUAUUCUAAAAUUACUUCUAUAUAAAAAAAAUAUGAUACCUUAAAAAGGUGAGUUUAUAUACUGUUAUUAACUUGAACACAGGUAGUUGGGCCCUUGUGUGAGUAUACCAGAAGCAUUUAAAAGUAUGAAACAUUUUAGUUUCAUACUUAAAUUGUUUGUAUGUUUGUAUUUUUAGUUCUGGAUUUACUGUGCUUUAUUUCUUGUUUGUCUGAAAGUGUUUUUCAUACCUAUUCUAUUUUUUAUCACUUUCCUUAUCAUUAAAAGCUUGGCAAAACACUUCUUCCCAGAAUAGAUAUUUUAAGGGACUGUAAUAAUGUUGGACUUUUACUGGUUCCUUUUCUCUCUGCCCCCAUUUACGAUAUUGUCAUUCACCCUCUCUUCGUAGUAUCCUGCUCAGCGACGAUCUACGUAAAAUUGUGAUUCAGGGGCAUUUUGGUGCUGUUCGGAGCAAGAGCCAAUGUUAGAAGUUCCCUUAGAAGGAAACGUACUAGAGUGGAAGCAUCUUGAGUGAUUGCGGUAGAGCUCAGUCACACUGGGAGAUGUGUUCACAAUUGGGGUGCCUGGUAGCUGCAGUAUUGUAAUGUGUGAGGGAGCUACUGUGAGGCUGGCAUAUUCAGAGUUGCAUUCUUGAAAGAAAAAAAAAAGCUUAGUUAUGUUUAUCUUAUUUAAUAAAUGUUUUUAAUUGGUUCUUCUGCCUUUGUAUCUUUUGAUAUCUUUUCUUACUUAUUUCUGCGUGUGCUUAUAUAAAAUGAACUUAAUUCGCCAAGUUUGUAAAAAAGCCAUGUGAAUAAGUGGGACUUGAGCUGACUUCAAUUCUAAUGAAGUAGGCAGAAAUGGGGUGAAGUUCUCUCAGCAGGAGAAACAGUAUUUCCAAAGUAAUGGGGGAAGCACCCCAUAUUCAGGAACAGGAAAGCGCAGUCGGCCUGGAGUUUACAGGAAAGGCAAUGUUAUGAGACACAGACAUAUGUGGCAGUUAAAUCCUAGUUGAGUGUUGGCACUAAAAUUUUUUUGGGGAAAUGGAAUAAUUUAUACUGUAGUGUGCAAUGAUACUAUAUCUGGAAUCCCCAACUUUGAAAACAGUAAGGAUACAUUUCAGUAACUGUUAGUGUUGUAGGCGACAGUAACAAUUAUUAGAGUUAAUGUGUGCUGGCAGCUGUUCGUUAUGUGUGUGUUUUCUGAGCUGGAUAUUUACACUUGAUAUUUCUUGUGAGAAACAUUUUUUAUGGUCUGCUUUCAGUUAUUUAAGCUGAUAGUUAUGAGCAGACGGCAAAAAUUAUUUUUACCAGUAUUUUUUUAAAUCGCUAAUUACAUGCAAGCAAUGUAAAGUCCUGGUUUCAGUCUCCUCUGUUGUCUUCCCUGGAGACAGUCGCUGUGGCCAGUGUGACAUGUAUCUUCCCAGAGCUAGUCUGUACAUAUGUUACACCAUAUAUACUUUUUUUUCACAAAUGGUAAUUAUAAAAAUUUAUUUUUGUAUAGUUUACCUUUUUUGACACUACAUUUUGUGUCGUACAAAGGUCUUAUUCCAUGAUUAUAAAAGAAUUCAUUUUUUUCCCCACUGGUUUUAAAGUUUCAUGUUUCAGGUUUAUAUCCUUUAUCCAACUAGAAUCCAUCUGGAAUUUAUUUUUGAUAGACAGUAGGAGGUAGAAUCCAUUUUUUUUUCCCUUCCAAAAUGCUACUCUACCCCAUGUAUUUAAAAGUCCUUUUCUCUGUCUAGAUUUCAAGUGUUAGAUACUAAAUUUCCUUAGAUAUUUGAGUCCAUUUCAUGACUUUGAAAUGUAAUUGACUUUGUAAUUGCUAGUUCCCGCUAUGUGCAGUAUUGUAUCUCUAUGAUGGGUUUUGAUGUGUUAGGCCUAGUUUCGCUAACAUUUCUGGCUAUUCCACUCGGCUAUUUUAUUUUUUUCAGGAAAACUCACUCCUGGUGUAUUUCUGUAGGUUUUGACAAAUGCUUGGUGUUGUGUUUCCAUCACCACAGUUCAUACCCCCAGGACUUCUCCAGCUGCCCCUUUGUAGUCAACUCUCCCACCACUCAACUCUCUUGUACUGAUUGACUUUUCCAUUGCUAUAAUUUUGCUUUUUGUGGAUUUAUUUUUCUAUAUAAAUAGAGUCAGUCUUAGAGUCAGUCUUUCCCGUAUCUCCCUAAAAUGGUUUUUGUAGUUGGUUGUAUGUUAAAUCAAGAGUUGGACUGGAUAUCUUGGUGUUAAUCUUUUCUAUGAGAGGUGUCUAUAUUACUAUAACUGCAUUAUAAAUUGCUUUUUUGUUUUGUAUUCUAUAGAUGGUGCCUUUUCAUUCUAAGUUUUUUUAAAAUUUAUGCUGAUCUUGUGCUGAGCUGUUGCAUUAAACAGAUGCUCCAUAGAAAUAGAGCAUCUAUACCUUAAGAAACCUACCUCCACCUCUUUAUAUUGGGGAGUGUCAUUUUCUUAGACCUCAAUUCAAAUGCUAAUCUUCUGACCUGCCCUCACUGGCACACCUGGAAAUACUGUUUAAUCAGCUAUCUGCAUGUCCUUUGGCUGAGUCAAGCUGACAAAAUUAACCAUCAGAGAAACAUUACCAAAUUCUCAUUGUUUGUAACUUUUUUUUUAUUUUAUUGUGGUAACCCUGGUUUACAACACUGUACAAGUUACAGCAUUGCAGCUUCACAUUUUUAAUGCAUUUCUUGGGUUUCACUUGAAAGUAAUUGUAUCUUAAAAUGAUGGUGAUUUUAUUACCUCUGUUCUAAUUUUUUACACUUUUAAUUUUGUAACUUCCGUUGCCUGACUUCUUGUUCAGUUUGCCUGAGAGCUGUGGUGAUGGGCGUCCUCUCUGUGUCUUCUGCUCCCUGAUUUCCUCUGCAUUUGGCAGCCCUUCUGGUGUUCUGUGUUUGUGUUUCAAAUUUCCUAGAACUUGAAGUUUACAGCUUUUGUUUCUUCUUCUUAUUUCAUUUGUGUGAUUCUUCAAGAGAGACAAGUUACCACGAAAGUCUUAUAAACUCCUUAAAAAGACAUUUUGAUCAAAGUAUUCAUUGUUACAUUGAAAUCCUCUGGAAAAGAGCUGAAAGCUGCUUUAGUUCUCCCCUCCUCCUUUCCUAACCCAUCUCUUGUGUUUUCAGCUUCUCUGAAGAAAUGAAAUUUCUUCAUAUGAAAUGUGCUCCAGUCCAAGGAGAAUUGUCUUUCAAAGCUCUUGACCUUUCAGUGUGGGCUGGACUGAGUCACUUUCAAGGAAUAGAGCAUAAAAGGAAAAAAACAAAAAAGUACAGUUAAGAAAACUGACAGAGGGGGAGGUAGAGAGAAAAUGGAAGGGAGGGAGAGAGAGGACGGGAAGAAAGCCAGAAGACUGCCUUAGAUCUGGUCACCGGGGAUACCCCAUGUUAAUAUCACGCCCUCAAUAUGAAGUGAUGAGAAGGGCCCUUCACCCCCGGGAUGGCUUCUCUAUAGGUCUAAAAACUCUUAAUCCCUGUCUGUCCAGUCUACGUGAGAGGGAAAGAUCAGACAAACCCAAACUGAGGGACACUGUAAAAUACCUGACCUCCUCAAAGUUAUUAAUUACUCCUCAAAGUUAUUAAUUAUGAAAACUGAGAGGUGGCUAGGAGGAGAGUGUCCCAACCAAAGGAGACCGAGGAGGCCUGACAGCAGUGCGCUGGGUUUUCCUGGCUUGGAUCUUGCAACAGACAUUAGUGGGAAAAACUUGUGAAAUCCAAAUACAUUCUGGAGUUAAUGUACCAGUGUUGGUUUUUCAGUUUUGACAAAUGUGCCAUGGUAAUGUUUGUUGUAACCAGUAGGGAAAAUGGUGACGGGUAGAUGAGAAUACUUGCUAAGGAGGAAAAUUUGCUGAUUUUGAAAAGGACUGUAAUCCUUCUAAGCUACAAAGUAGCUUUUGAUCACUUCUAUAGCCUGACCUGUUUACUUCUUGCAGAAAUAAAAAAAAUUAAUUUUUCUCAUCUCAUGAUUUUACAAGAAAUGUGUGCACUUAAUGGAGGAAUAUUUGGAAAGAGGUCAAAGGGAGUGAUGAUAAUGACCCAAGGAUCAAAAAGUAUAAAACCUUGUGAGGAAAAGUAUAAAAGAAUAUUCUCUGAAGAGAAGAAAGGGGUUGAGAGGCUAGCCUUAAUUUUUUUUAAGUCUCCAACUAGAUUCUGUAAGCAAAUGAAGAAUAUGUGAUCGGGUACAGUUGGGGGACUACCUCGUCCCUGAGUUUUACUGUGACCAUCACUCACCUACCACAAGUACUUACUGGACUCUGGCUUACUGGACUUUUGCCUAUUACCUCUGUUAAAGUCAAGGAACACUUCUUGAUAUUUUGGAAAAUUCUAUUCCAUAUGUUUUUCCAUUUGAUUUUCAAUGUUAGUAUUGUACUUACAUGUAGAUAUUUUAUCACCAAAAUAUGACUUUCUCAACCAGUUUUAGAAAAUGUGUCACUUAAUAUUCAAGCCUUUUGUUCAGUGAAAAUUAUUGAGAACCUCACAUCAUACUGGAGUACUGACAUUUAAAGUUUCUUAACAAGCAGUGGUUCAUGUUACUUUUUAACUCAGUAAUAUCUACAUGAUUUAAACACAGUAAUUGAAUGCCUAUAAAGCCAGCACUACUUCUUUUUUCUAAAAUCUGUUUCUCUUGGUUUAACUCAGAAUCUCAAAUUUUUGAUUCACAUUAUUUUAAAAAUU